UUGAUCGGAUUAGUUUUUGCUGUCUUUCAGAUGAAAAUAGGCAGUGUGACGGUGACGCUGGUUGCUACCAGUAUAUGUCUUCUAGGACUAUACCAGCUACUGUCUGGGAUAACAUGGCUGCGCUACAAUGGAUUCCUGAGACUUGUACCGAGCUUUAGAUUCUAUUUCAAGUUGAGAAGAGAUCACAUGAAGUCCAAGUGUCAUGUGCAAGAUUCACAGUCAAUAACGUGCAAAAACACGACAGUGAGGAGACUAGAUCCGUUGCAUCCCUCCGUUCUGCCAUAUAUUCCCCAUUUUCCGCCGCUCAAAUGUAGACGACAGGCAUCGGUGGUUGAAAGUAAAGUUGACAGAGAAGGAUAUUUGACGCUAAUUAUAAUCAAAAACAAUUCCAGGCUAACCGACAGCGUGCAGUGCUAUUUUCAAUACAUACGACACCCGACAAAACCUUACAAAGAGGACGAGGCAUUUGUUUUAAGUAAAAGGAUUUCUUUACCCCCAGAAAACAGAGUAAAACUUCAGGAAGAUUUCGUGUAUGUUUCUUGCAUUAACAGAGCCGGAUACAAAGUCUAUGAAAAUUUCCAUCUCCACAUGGUAAAAAGAGAUGAGCCUAUUUCCAAAAAAUACUCUGAAACAACGGGAAAACAACCGAGGCUGAAUGUGUUAAUUAUGGUCAACGACGGAGUGUCGUUAUCUAGCGCCGCUCGAUAUAUUCCAAAAACGCUUCAAUAUCUGUCCAAUGAAAUGAACGGGACCAUCUUUACCGGGUUUCAUGCACUGGGUGAGAAUUCGUUGCCUAAUAUAUUUCCGGUUCUGACAGGAUUACCCCAUUCUGAGGCCAGUAUCGAUGCUCCGUUCAUAUGGAAACAUUUCUCAGAGCAGGGUUACAAGACGUUUUACUUGGAAGACACAGUAACAGCCACGAUCAGUUAUAUAGGAGAUGGGUUCGCUAAACCACCAACAGACUACUACACACAUCCAUUCUGGGUGGCAAUGGAAAAUUCGUCCUUGUAUUGGGACUCACAGACUUUCUGUCUUGGUGAUAUGCCUAUACAUCGCAUUGCAAUUCAAUAUUUGGCCAAUUACGUGGAAAAACACCGAUACCAGUCAUAUUUUGCUCUUUAUUUUCUUAAUGCAAUAAGUCAUCAUUCAGACACGGUUAUUCAGUUGGGAGAUGAGGAUUAUCGACACUUUUUAAUAGACCAAAAGGGAAGAGGCUAUCUUAACAACACGAUAAUGCUAUUUAUGAGUGAUCAUGGUUCAAGGUUUGGGAGGAUACGCUCAACCCCUAUUGGUCACCUAGAAGCCAGAAACCCUAUGCUAAUAAUGGUUCUGCCACCAUGGCUCAGGCAGCAGUAUCCGCACAUAGCAACAGCUGUGAACUCGAAUGCAGACCGACUGGUUACUCCAUACGAUAUCCACGCCACGUUGUUGGAUAUCCUUCACUCGCAUUUACCAACUGUCACAGAGAGUACCGAUGGCAAAAAACAUAAAGGCGGAUCAGGGAAAGGAUUAAGUUUGUUCCGAAAUCUCCCCAGCAGAAGGACGUGUGCCUCAGCAGGUAUACCAGAAGACACCUGCACUUUAUGUACACCACUGGAACCAACUUUUCUAGAUGUCAAUUCUCAGAAAGCACACUUAAUUGCCAGCACCGUAUUGACCAGAAUAAAUGACAUCAUCAAUGCGACAUCUGAGUGCGACUUCCUACACAUUUCAAAGAUUAUCUAUAUCGCCAUGAUAUCUGACAAGAGACCCUGUUUUACAUAUAGUGUAAUUAUUAAGACAGUACCAGGGAGGGGAAUAUUUGAAGCUUCCGUGCGUGAAACGACGGCAACGGCUUCUGUCUCCACAGAGAGCCCAUACUUUGUUAUCACCCCAGUCAUACGACUCAGUCUCUACGACAGCAACUGUUGCUGCACCGAAGACAAUGGCCUGAAUAAGUACUGUCACUGUAAAAUGACAACAAAACCAAUGCGCAGAAAAGCCAUCCCUAACGGACAUUAGAAAGCCGGAAUGCAGUAAAACUGACAGUUUACCUGGCACUGCAUUUACCACCAGCUACAUUGAGCCAUUUACGGUCUACUAAAGCCAUAUAAUUAUAGAAAGAUUAAGUCUAUACUUAGUAAUUCUAUUGUUUUACUGAUGCGUAUAUAUUGAUAUUAUCAGUUGUAUUGGUUCUGAUUCAUUUACCAAUCAAAAUUACAGUGGAGAGUCGAAAAAGAUAUUGUACCAUAUUAAAGGGAUUACAACUCUUAGUAUGAGAUUCAUA